GACUGGAGCAUCCAAAAUGUUAGUGCCAAAUAUAACGCUAAAUAAUGGACAAAAAAUGCCGAAUUUUGGGCUAGGAACUUACAAGGCCAAAGAUGGAGAGGCGCAACGAGCUGCUCAAGAUGCCAUCGACGCAGGAUAUCGGCAUUUCGAUUGCGCUUAUUAUUAUCAAAAUGAAAAAGAAAUUGGUGAAGGAAUUAAAGCUAAAAUAGAUGAAGGAGUUGUGAAAAGGGAAGAUUUAUUCAUUACAAGUAAGUUGUGGUGUACUUUCAACGAACCAGAAAAUGUCCUCAAAUACUGCAAACAAUCUGUCGAUAGCAUCGGCUUGGGAUAUCUUGAUCUAUAUUUGAUCCACUGGCCAUUUUCAUUCAAGGCCUCAGAUGGGUCAUAUGCCGAUGUAGAUUUUGUUGAUACUUGGAAAUCCAUGGAAGAAUGUUUGAAACAAGGUUUAACUCGAAGCAUAGGAAUAAGUAAUUUCAACAGUAUACAAGUUGAAAGAUUGUUGCAACAUUGCACAAUCAAACCUGUUGUUAAUGAAGUUGAAGUUAAUACUAGUAUUAAUCAAAGGAGAUUGAUUAAAUUCUGCAAUGAUAGAGGGAUUGCGAUAGUUGGUUAUACACCAUUAGGUAAACAUAAAGUACUUAUGAAAUAUAUAAUCAUGAGAAAUCAGCCCGGUGUGAAUGGUGUUCCAUCAAUAGUUCAGGAAUUAGCAGAAAAAUAUAAUAAAACUCCUGCACAGAUAAUACUACGAUAUUUGAUUCAACUUGGAGUUACUCCAAUACCAAAAUCUGUGACCAAAUCAAGGAUUGCAUCCAAUAUCCAAGUUUUCGACUUUUGA